AUGAAUGUCACACAAGGAAAGUUGGAGAGUAUUGAAAAUGAUCUGAAAACUUCUGGCUUACGGGAAAGCGAAGUAAUGGAGAAACUGAAGUCUGCUGAAGAGAGUCUUGAGCAGAAAGGAAGAGAAAUUGAUGAAGCUAUGACGAAAAACAUGGAGCUUGAAGCUUUGCAUCAGUCUUUAAGUAAAGACUCAGAGCAUAGACUUCAAAAGGCAAUGGAGGAUUUCACUAGCAAAGAUUCAGAGGCCACUACUUUGACUGAGAAGUUGAAAGACUUGGAAGGCAGAAUAAAAUCAUAUGAAGAGCAGUUGGCUGAAGCAUCUGGCAUAUCUUCUUCUUUAAAAGAGGAACUUGAACAGACUUUGGAAAGACUCGCAGCUGCAGAAUCCGUUAAUGAGAAACUCAAACAAGAUUUUGAUCAGGCAGAAGAAAAGUCUUUGCAGUCAUCAUCAGAGAAUGAACUACUAGCAGAGACAAACACCCAGCUAAAAAUCAAAAUUCAAGAACUUGAGGGGUUACUAGGUUCUGGUUCUGUCGAGAAGGAAACUGCAUUGAAAAGGUUAGAAGAGGCAAUCGAAAAGUUUAAUCAGAAAGAAACAGAAUCUAAUGACUUGGUUGAAAAGUUAAAAACUCAUGAAAACCAAAUCGAGGAGCACAAAAAGCUGGCUCAUGAAGCAUCAGGAGUUGCGGAAACUAGAAAAGUUGAGCUUGAAGAGGCUCUAUCAAAACUGAAGAAUCUUGAAUCUACUAUUGAAGAGCUCGGGGCUAAAUGCCAGGGGCUUGAGAAAGAAAGCGGGGAUCUGGCCGAGGUAAAUUUAAAGUUGAACCAGGAACUAGCCAAUCAUGGAUCAGAGGCCAACGAGUUGAAGACAAAGCUCUCUGCCUUGGAGGCUGAGAAGGAGCAAACAGCCAUUGAGCUUCAGGCUUCAAAAACGACUAUAGAAGAUCUAACAAAGCAGCUUACCUCUGAAGGGGAGAAAUUACAGUCACAGAUUUCUUCCCACGCUGAGGAAAAAAACAAAGUCAAUGCAAUGUUUCAGAGUACCAAGGAUGAGCUCCAGUCAGUUAUUGCGAAGCUUGAAGAACAACUAACCGUAGAGAGCUCUAAAGCUGAUACUCUGGUGUCCGAGAUUGAGAAGCUCAAGGCAGUGGCUGCUGAAAAGUCCGUUCUGGAAUCACAUUUUGAAGAACUUGAAAAAACUUUGACAGAGGUCAAAGCUCAGUUGAAAGAAAAUGUUGAAAAUGCAGCUACUGCGUCUGUAAAAGUGGCGGAACUUACCUCAAAACUGCAGGAACAGGAGCAUAUCGCUGGUGAACGGGAUGUGCUCAAUGAGCAAGUGCUUCAGCUUCAGAAAGAGCUUCAAGUGGCUCAGAGUUCCAUUAAUGAACAGAAACAAGCACACUCCCAGAAGCAUUCAGAGCUUGAGUCUGCAUUGAAGCAAUCAGAAGACGAGAUUGAAGCUAAGAAAAAGGCGGCUGCUGAAUUUGAAUCAAGGGUCAAAGAUCUUGAACAGAAAGUGCAGCUCGCAGAUGCUAAAGCUAAGGAAACGGAGGCAAUGGAUGUAGGUGUUAAAUCUAGAGACAUUGACUUAUCCUUUUCUUCUCCAACAAAACGACAGAGCAAGAAGAAGUCAGAUGCAUCUCCUUCUUCUUCUUCUUCUUCGAGAAACGUUACUACUGCUACUCAAACAGCCUUGCUUGUAGGUCAAGCAAUUGUCCAGCUAUUGUAUUCAAUUAAAAAUGAAAGGUGA